AUGGUACAUCUCAAGACCAAAGAAGAAUGUCGCCUCGGCAACGAGACAAUCCAAGUCUGGACCGUUGAGCUGCCUAGUAAGCAUGCCGAAGGAAUCCUGAAGGUGAUCAAAGACAAUGUUCCUGCGCAAGAUUCGAUCGACCUCCAGCACCUGCGUCGCUUUGCAAAACCAAAGUUCCUGCCAGAACAUUACUCGAAUCCCUCCAAAUCGCGACAUAAUGGACGUCCACCAACCCUUCAUCUGUUGAUCUGUCCGACGAGGAUUAUGAGUCUCCAGGACCUCCACGGCAUCUUGAAGGAGCACACCCCCUUUGCCUCGUCGCCUGACUCUUGGGCAUAUCCGCUGGAGAUAAAGGAAAUCACCGUCCCUCUUCUCGCACCUACCAGCGUGCCACAAGCAAAUGAGUGGUCGGCCCAUUACUGGCCAACGUUUUACAGGAAGACCAAUCCAUUCGGAGCGCAUCCUGCCAGCAUCGAGAAGGCAGAGGCUGAGCUACAACAGCCAGAAGAGGACAACAUCGGAGUUGAGGAAGCACUUGCACUUGCCGCCAAAGUCGGAGAUGACAAUCGGCGUCGUGGGCUCGGUUCAGGCACAGGCUGUGUCAUCGUGGAACGUGUCGAGGGUAGCACCAAUAUCAUUGCCGUUGCCGGUGACGCACGCUACAAACCUCAGGCACACCAGUUUGGCGAGACUGACAAUGACACCUGCUGCAGAGGCAACAUGAUGGGCCACGCGGUGAUGCGCGCCGUCGGCAUGGUCGGACGCAAGCGUUUACGCUGUCUCGCCGUGGACGAAGAAGCCCGUGACGCCUUCUUCAACGACCUGCCAAUCAGUCAGCUCGAAGAACAGUACUUCAGGGAGGACAACCUGAAACCCGAUGGCUACCUCUGCCUCCGGCUGGAGAUAUUCCUCACGCACGAGCCCUGCAUAAUGUGCUCGAUGGCUCUUGUGCACAGCCGUGUCGGACGUGUCAUCUUCAAAGAGCGGAUGCCAAAGACGGGAGGCUUGACGGCCGAAAUGACUAGAAACGAUUCCGGUCCUGUCGGUCUUGGGUAUGGGAUGUGUUGGCGAAAGGAGCUGAAUUGGCAAUUCAUGUGCUGGGAAUACAUCCCAACGACUGAAGCAGGCACUGUCACCAGAGAGGGCGGCAGCAAAGAUCUCAAGGAUGAGAAGUACAACCCUGAAGCGAAAAAUACUUUGGAAGAUGUUAUGAGUGCUAAUGUUACUUUGAGCAGCUUUGCAAGCAUGCAUGUGUAG